AAUAAACCCUAACAUCGAUUCGGGUCUCAAUUCGGUGCCUUCAAACCCGGACCCAACUUGGUUCCCGAGGGAAAGCGUCCUUCAAUUUCAUAGUAACCAAGACACAGAGAGCUGAACUUUCAUUUGAGUAACACUUUCUAACACUAGAAACAUUUAACAACGAUUCUAACCAGAAAGAAAAUCGAAGAUGCAGAGAUUCAAAGCUCUGCUACCGCAGACUAGGUUCUCAUUUCGCAAUCUCUGUUCUCAUCAUCGACCUUUCUCUGCUCAACCAAAUUACGAGGAGCACCACGAUGACGAUUCUCAGCAACAGAUUUUAGUUGAAGGAAGAGCGAAAUCGCGAGCAGCGAUUCUCAAUAGGCCUUCUUCGCUGAACUCGCUCACUGCUUCGAUGGUUGCUCGUUUGAAGCGGUUGUAUGAUUCGUGGGAAGAGAACUCUGAUAUUGGCUUUGUUUUAAUGAAGGGUAGUGGUAGAGCUUUCUGUUCUGGUGCAGAUGUUGUUAGGCUGUAUCACUCACUCAUUGAAGGAAAUACUGAAGAAGCUGAACAGUUUUUCAAAACAGUAUAUUCGUUUGUAUAUCUUCAAGGGACCUAUCUUAAACCACAUGUGGCCAUUUUGGAUGGAAUAACGAUGGGAUGUGGAUCUGGAAUUUCUCUUCCAGGGAUGUUCCGUGUUGUAACUGAUAAAACUAUUUUUUCUCACCCAGAGGCUCAAAUAGGUUUCCACCCUGAUGCAGGAGCUUCUUAUAUUUUGUCUCGUCUACCUGGCUACUUAGGGGAAUACUUGGCCCUUACAGGAGAUAAGCUUAAUGGUGUUGAAAUGAUUGCCUGCCGCCUUGCUACUCAUUAUUCACUAAAUGCGAGGCUUGCCUGGCUUGAAGAACGCCUUGGCAAACUGAUAACAGAUGAACCAUCUGUUGUGGAGGCAUCCCUUGCACAGUAUGGCGAUCUUGUUUAUCCAGACAAAAACAGUGUCCUUCACAAGAUUGAUAUUAUUGAUAAAUGUUUCAGUCAUGAUACAGUGGAAGAAAUUAUUGAAGCUUUGGAGAAAGAGGCAGUUGAGUCUUAUGAUGAAUGGUGCAUGAUCACUCUAAGGAGAAUGAGAGAAGCCUCUCCGUUGAGUUUGAAAGUUAUUUUACGAUCUAUACGUGAAGGUAGAUUUGAAACUCUUGAUCAAUGUCUUGUACGUGAAUACCGCCUGUCCCUUCGUGGAGUUUCCAAGCACGUCUCCUCUGAUUUCUUUGAGGGUGUUCGAGCAAGAAUGGUUGACAAAGAUUUUGCACCAAAGUGGGACCCACCUACUUUAAAAGAAAUAUCUGAGGACAUGGUUGAAUUCUAUUUCUCUCCGUUAAGCGAAGUUGAGUCUGAACUAGUGCUGCCAACAGCUUUGCGAGAACCUUACAUGUGAAAAAGCAUAUCUCUAAGCAAUGCUCAUGACUAUCAAUGGUUGAAUUAUUGCUAGCCUUCCAUGAAAAUGCAGAUCAUCCAAUAUUCAGUCAGUCAUCAUUAUAUCAAAUCGAUAGCCAUUCCUUAAGCAUAGGGAGUCACUUGGAGGAUGAAAUUUUAUAUAAGCUCAGCUUUAGGUUUUCUCUUGGUGGUGUUUAAACAUUUUUAAACAAAAGUUUUUAGAAUGAUUUUUGCAUCUUUACGAAAGUCAUAAUAAUUUAAGUAUUUACUGUAGAUUUGUCUACGAAUAAUUCCGAGUAAAGAGGCGAUGAUGCAGUUGGCAGAUGAGCCAUGAACUAUCCACCAGCAACGAUUUCUGUCUGCCACAGGCUGUCUGGAUUAACAGAUGAACUGGAUCAAUGUUCCGAAAUUUCUGUCCUUAGAUGUGUCGUUUUGUGGUAGAAUGUUCCAUGUCCACUUCUUUCAUUGUUUACUCUCAUUCCAGUCAUCUUGAAAACCCACCUCUGCCAUAUUCAACAAAACAUAUCAUGGCUUUAAAAUGAAACUAGAAAAAUAAUGCUAGUAAUUUUAAAGUGAUCCAGGAGCAAAGGCUAACCAGCUAGGCCAUCUCUACUACUUGGGAGACAUGGUGAUUUAUGUAAGCGUAAAUUCAAACACUUUAAAUCAUUAUUUAUUUUGAUUCUUCUAUAAUUCAACAAUGACAAAUUUAGAAGAUUCUAAAAAUUUAUAAUACUUUGACUAACUUAUGAUGAUGAAAUAAUAUAUAUCUUCCUC